CGUCAGCCGACCGUCGGCAUAAUCUCGUCCUUGGUGGCGUUGGUGGCGUUCAAUUGGCGUUAGUAGCGUCAGCACGGUGGUGCGAGUUGGUCCGGACUAUCACCAAGAUAUAAGGAAGAACUCCUGGAAAUUGGGUAUUGGCAUAAUUGCCAGAGCAGUCAGAGUCAGAAAAAUAUAAAAAAUCACAUCACUGGUUGCGGCUCAAACACACUCUAUCAUCUCUCAUCCGUCAAUAUCCUUCCCAAAUCAUGAGUCCCCUUUCCGUAUCUGCCCAAGUCGAGAUCCUGGCCUCACCAGCCGCUGUUCGAUCGGUAUUCCUAGAUUUUGCUCGAUAUAAUGAAUGGCAGCAAGGUUGGGACAUAAAGCCAGCUGAUACAGGCAAGAAGUCGUCCGAAAUAAAGCCAGGAGACAGUCUCAAGGUUGCCAUGCAUGGAAUGGCAUUCACCCCGAUUGUGCUGGAAAACUCGGCAGAGUGUUUCGUUUGGGAGGGCUCAAUACCCAUCAUCUUAUCUGGGCAGCAUCGCUUUUCUUUCUCUCCGAGUAAGGAGAAUCCAGGAGGCACCACUUUUAUCCAGAGCGAGGAUUUCCGAGGUGCCUUGGCCCUCUAUUAUUGGCCCCAGAGGAACCAGAAACAACUCAUGCAUAACUGGGAUGCCUUCAAUGCGGCUCUGAAGAAGGAGGUCGAACGGUCCUCCUCUUACAUCUAGAAUUCGCCAUGUGGCCAUCAUUUCAUUUCGUUUAUCGAUUGACACAUGGCAAUCAUCUUAGCAUUAGACAGACGCAAUAGUUGGGUUAAAUU